AUGGCCAGCGGCGUCCUAAGCGUCAACUGGAUUCCCCGGUACAACAGAGGCAACUGGCCAGGCGACACACCAGGCUACUUCUGCGGUACAAUCCCCACCGCCAACGCGGCUUGCCUAGAAUACAGCUCCACCAACAUCGCCUCCCCCUAUCCGCCGCGGACAUUCGAGAAGUGCUGCAAUGGCCCCAUAAUCAACAUCACCUCUCCCGUCACAGACCCCAAAGACCCUUCAUAUGGUACGAGCUGCCUCGCGUAUUGCGCGGUGGAUUUAUCGCGCAGCUCAGGCCUCAGGAGUGGAUUUAGCGAUUACUUUACCUGCCUGCAGGCGCGGACGAAUGGCUCAUAUAGAUUCGAUGAUUCGAUCUACGGUAGUGUGACGUGCGGAUGGGGAAAUAAUUCGCGCCAUGAGAAGUGUGUCUCGAGUGUCAGUAUCCAGAAGGAUCUAGCGACCAAGACCACGGUUGCGCUGUCAGAUAUUACGAAUGCGGUAUCGUCGCAUAUGACUUUCUCGACUUGUCCGCCCGAAACUACUGCUUCGACUACUACCACGCCUGCAGAAACGCCUACUGCAGCGGGCGCGGGGAAGACGUCAGGGGCCCGGUCUGAGAAUAGGGAAAUGUCAGUGGGCUCUAUGUUCGUGGUAGCGCUUAUGGUGUCAUCCAGCUUUCUAUUUCUAUAA